AUGAUGGACACGACAACAACUGUGAUGACUACAGUGUUCAGAAGGUCUAGUUCAGUCGUGAACUCUAUAUCUUCACACAUUUCCUCUUCCACGAGCGCAGCAACACCAACGACAACAACGACAGCGACAUCUCUGUAUUCUGCACCGUCUAAUCUUUUAUUCUCUAAUGUUGCGGCUCAGCCGAAAUCGUCCUCCGCAAGUACGAUUGGGCUCUCGAUCGGGCUACCCAUUGGCAUAUUCUGUUUUGGAUUGCUUGUGCUUUUGUGUUAUUUUUACGCCAGGAGAAAUUCCAUGUCUAUCUCAAACACACCGAUGUCAGCCACGAUCCCAAGCGAAGGAGGAGGUCCCCAUCGGCACAGUAACUGGUUCUCACGGAUGUUUAGGCAGCCUGGCACCGAGCACAAGAAUUUUUAUUCUGGCGCUAACCGUGAUCUCGAGAAAUACAACGAUACCCAAUGGAUAGCUGGGGACAAUAUGUCCUCUAAGAUCCAGUACAAAAUAUCUAGGCCUAUAAUACCGCAACAUAUACUGACACCCAAGAAAACAGUCAAGAAACCGUACUCGUGGUCUGACAAGAACGUGUCGUUGGACCCCAAUGCCAAUGAUGGCGAAGAGGAAAAAUUUGUGGACACCUUUCUAUACACUAAACCACCGAAUAUUUUCCAUAUUGAAUCCAAGAUGCCCUCGUUUAGUGAUUUACCUUCCCAGAAAACAGUUUCUUCAAACAGGAAACCCCCUUUGAAAACGGCCGACAAGUGGAACUAUGAAUCCCCAUUAUCCAGAUGGUUUUUGAGGGGCUCCACGUAUUUCAAGGACUACGCCUUAUCAAAGACGUCUCUAAAGACGCCAGCUGUGGCUCCACAGCUGAAACAAAUGAAGAUACUUUCCAGAAUAAGCAAGGGGUAUUUAAACGAAUCAGAUCUCUUGCAGGAUGAGCGAUCGCCCAUCCUGGAGUAUCAUAAUACUGCCUUACAUCCAACCUGCAGUCUAAAUGACGUGGGUAAUACCACACCGGAUUCGCAAGGCACAUCUUAUCGCAUCAGCAACAUCGAUCUAAUCACAGCAAAGUCUAAUUCGGUGAUAUACGGGACCAUUGGCCAACAAACGUUGGAGGUCAACGACCGUAUCAAUGGCAAUACUAGCAUUGAUAAACACGAGAUGGUGAUACCCACAAUUUCAAAACCACACAAGAAAAGAAAAAAGAGAAGGCAAAGUAAGAUGUACCUGUCACGCUCCAAACCGUUACCGCUAACUCCGACCACCAAAUCCAACGAGGAUCCCAGUAUCCAACUGGGGAGAACCUACACAGUUAUUCAAGAUUAUGAACCUAGACUGACAGACGAGAUAAGUAUCUCGCUGGGCGAAAAAGUCAAAAUUCUAGCCACCCAUACUGAUGGAUGGUGUCUCGUGGAGAAGUGCACUCCACGUAAUGGUCGUGUCCACGUCAGUAUUGACGAUAAAAGAUACCUGAAUGAAGAUAGAGGUAUUGUGCCUGGUGAUUGUCUCCAAGAAUACGAUUAA